AUGUCGUACGGCGGCAUCACGUACCCGGGAGGCACAUCGCCCAUUAUACCGCCCCAGCAGUUCGCUGCUCCAGCCAGCCCACAGCCUCAGCAGCAGCAGAUCCUGCCAGGAUCGUAUACAUAUACGACGGGCGUUGAUGCCAGUGGGCAGACCAUCUACCACCUCUUCAGCUACCAGACCGCUCAAGGUGUCGUGAGUGGCAUCCAAUGGGUCCCUGCCGAAGCUACGCAAGUUGUGCCUUCUGGAGCUACUCCUGCUAACGCGGAUUUCUUGGCGUCCUUCAACAGGGGGCAGCCAGAUGGAGGUGCUAUGAGAGACUGGCAGCGCGACGAAGAGAGACGACGAAAGAAGGAGCGCCGCGAGCGCGAAGACAAGGAGCUCCGCAAGGCGCGCGACAGGGACGCCCGUGGCGAGCGCGAACGCCGCGAGCGCAGGCCCAGCUACAAUGGCGGUGCGUACCCGCCCUACGAGCCGGACCGCCGCUACAGCACCGCACCCACCGCCGACCUUGAGCGGCGCUUUGCAGACCUCGAGGUCGACCGCGGCCGUGAGCGCGAGUACGAGCGCGAGCGCAGGAACAGCACGUCCCGCCGCGGGUCGUACUACGGCGACCGACCCGCGGGGUACCAGCCCGCGCCCGGAGGUCCCGCAUACCCCGGGCCUCCGGGAGCGUAUCCGGGUACUGCCCCUGGCGCAUACACGACUACGCCGCCAUCCACGUACACCUCACCGGCAUACGGCGCUGGUGCCGGCGGCCAGUACUCGAGGCCAGGCGCAUACCCGCCGUCCCCGCGUCCUGGAGAGAGUAUCGCAGUCCCGCGCCCCCCCUCGCCGUACCUCCCCGGAGGUCUGCAGCGCCCCCCGUCGCCCUACCAAACCGGAGGCGUCGUCCCGCCGCGUCCCUCGUCUCCAUAUCAGGUUGGCGGCAUGGCGCGCGCCCCCUCCCCGUACCAACCUGGCCCUGGUCCUCGCCCGGGGUCUCCUUACGCACCAGGUGGCAUGCAGCGCGCCGCAUCGCCUAGGCCCGGCGGGAUCUAUCCCCCCAUGGACAACCAACCGCCCAUGCGUCGUCCCCUUUCUCGCGCACCCAGUCCCUCGCCGGGCAUGUCUCCGUAUGCUCCUUCUGCAGGUGGGUACGGGAAUAGCACGUCUGCCUAUGGACCGUCUGGCGGCUAUGGGGCGGCAGGCGGCUAUGGCCAGCCAGGUAUGCCUGGCGCGGCGUCCCCGCGCAUGCCGCUGGGCCCAGGAGAGCAGCCGCACACGCCGAUGCUCUCUGCACCGGAAGGCUUCGCUCGUCCCCCGAACCUGGCGCAGCCGUACACCCACUUCGAGAUGAUGAAGAUCCAGGACAUGGACGACUUCCUCGAGCUCAUCCCGCGCAUGCCGCUGGUCCUCGUCCCGCACGACGUCUACCACGAGGACUGGAUCCGCUUCAUGAAUGACGUAGCGAUGGCCUGGUCCGGGCGCAUGCCCGUCCCCGAGUACGCGGCAGACGGCCGCCCGCCCAAGCGCACGACGUUGACCGCCGACCUCAUCGACCUCUGGAACACCUCGUUCUUCAGCAAGCGCGGCGUCGAGCUUGUGCUCUACAAAGGCCGCGAGCGCCGCUCCGGUCGCUCUGUUGGGAUGGUGGACCUCCAUCUGCCUGGCUUCGACACUUACGAUGCUAUUUCAUCCGGCUCAGACUCGGAUUCUGAUGACUCCGACGAUGACGAUGACGAUGAUCUGGACGACCGUCCUCGGUACGGUGCUUACGGCGGCGUCUAUGGACGUCAAGUAGAGGGUCAAAUGGCCGAGCUCCGUGAGGCCAGGCGCCUGCGCCGUGAACGCAAGGCGGAGAAGAAGAUGCGCAAGAAAGAGAAGAAGAGGAAGGCGAAGCUGAGGGAGCUGGAACGCAAGUACGCGCUCUAUCUCGCGUGUAUUUCUCCGCGGGAGGGUGGCUUGUAA